GCUCAAGGGCUUCGGGAAAGCUCAAAAUAGGUUAGGUUUACAGACGCAAAGGUUAAUUUGCUAGACUUCGUGCCAAAAUCACGAGAUAACCAACAAGUUGUUUUGCAGCCCUUUGCCAUUUCUAAUGAAUCAUUGACUAAUUCGUUAUAAAGACUAAAAAAGGCAGAUAUGCUCGGUGGGCAAUUUUAAUAUUAAGGAAUGCAAACACUUCUUCACGCAUUCAGUGGAGUCCAAGGAUAGACUGCCAAAAUGCCGAUAGUUUUUCCAACGCAGAUUGUUCUAGCUCUGCUUGUCGUUUUCAGUCUCAAAGCUGUUCCUGCUGUCGAGACUGAGUCCAGUGGUCCAAUUGCUAACACAACAUGUGGCUUGGUGAUGGGAACAAGACCAGUGCUACCAUUCCUCGAUGGCAAUAUCACCACCUACCUUGGAAUCCCCUAUGCUGAGCCACCAACUGAAGAUCGUAGAUUUACAAAACCGGUUCCCAAGAAACCAUGGCAGGGCGUUCUUAAUGCGGUCGCCUACGGGCCAAUGUGUCCACAGGUAACCUCAGACCCAACGGAUAUCAUGGAUGAGGCUUGCUUGUAUCUGAAUAUCUUCAUUCCGGAUGAUGCAGUACGAAUCCACGGACCGUUACCCGUCAUGGUUUGGAUUCACGGUGGGAGCUUCACCAGUGGUAAGGGAGAUACCUACCUUGGGUUUAUGCUGGCAAUACAAGGUGGAGUUGUCGUAGUCAAUCUCAACUAUCGUCUCGGUUUACUGGGGUUCCUCUCCACUGGCGAUGAUGCAGCUCCUGGUAACUACGGACUCUGGGACCAGAAACUGGCCAUAGAGUGGGUGAAAGACAACAUCGGGAAUUUCGGUGGAGAUCCUCAGCAGAUCACGAUCUUUGGUGAGUCUGCUGGUGGGAUUAGCGUCUCGUUUCAGGCCAUCUCGCCAGCUAAUAAUCGUAACUUGUUUCAGCGGGUUAUUGCACAGAGCGGUGCGGCUGAUGACACGGUGGUCUUACGUAGUGACGCAUGCCGAGCUAACGCUGCCAAAGCCGGUUCACUUCUCGGGUGUGAUGAUAUCCAGGCAGGCUAUGAGUUUGUGGACUGUCUACGUGAAGUUCCAGCCCAGAGCUUUGUUGAUAUCCAGGCCGAACUGGGUCUGUUUGGGCCGUGUCUGGACGGUGAAUUUCUUCCCGAUUAUGCUGACAAUCUUCUCAAUUCCCCACAUUUUGGACAAUAUGAUCUUCUCCUUGGGGUUAAUAGUGACGAUGGGUCAUAUUUUGCUAUCAACCCAGAUGGCAUCAACAGCGCCACCUUACGGGCUCAAGUUACUAAUUUCUUCAGUACCUCCUGUCGCUGUGGCAACAUCGAAACACUGUCAGACGCAGCACUGUUUUUCUACACUAAGGGCGCCCUCGAUGAUACAAAAGCCAAUCAGAAAUCCUUAAUGGUGUUUGGCGGGGACGCGUUAUUCUACGUGCCGACCGUGAAUUAUCUGCAUAGCCACUACAAAGCAUCCGAGUCAUCCCAGUAUGGAACCAAGACGUACUUCUACUACUUUCCUAUGGCGCAUUUCCGGGAUGACUUCAUCCCACCAGGUUUCGAGGAGUACAUCGACGGAGCCCCACACGCUGCUGAUCUACCCUACGUCUUCGGUUUAGUGACGAUUCUACCCUUCCAACCAGAUGCUGCAAAGAACUUGAGCUUACAGAUGAUGACAUAUUGGACUAAUUUUGCUAAAACUGGAGAUCCCAACUCAAAUGGCCUCCCAGUCUGGCCAAAGUGGGACCCUAAUAACGAGGAGUACAUUAUUCUUGAUGCCACCAUCUCCACCGACCAGCACCUGGUGCAGGAUCGAAUGUCCUUCUUUCGUGACUACAUCCCAGAAUUGACUGAGGUGACUGACCCCAACACCUGUUCCCUGAAUGCUCCAAAGAGGAGCAUAGUACCGCAGACGGAUGGAGCAGUGCAGGUAGAUAUCAAAGCUGAAGAUGGACAUAUCUUUGGUACAGUGAUCGGUUCCUUAAAGAAGGCAGACGGUGCGAUGGGAGGACAUGACGUGGGCGAGUUCCUCGGGAUCCCGUACGCCAAGCCACCUGUGGGAGCCCUUCGAUUCCAGCCUUCACAAGAAAUGUCAGCACUUCCUGAUGAUCCCCUGGAGCUUACGGUCAAACCACCAGCUUGCCCUCAGGUCCUUGGCAAUGAUCCCUGGAUGAUGGGAACUGGACUGAAUGAAACAAAUGAAGACUGCUUAACUGUCAAUGUCUAUGCUCCAAGCACGCCCUCUAGUGAUCCGAAUAUGCCUGUUAUGGUUUACAUACACCAUGGGUAUGGUCUUUACGGCACAGCCUCAGCAUACGAUGCCACCACUCUUUCCUCCAUGCUCGAAGCAGUUGUUGUUGUCGUCAACUACAGACUUGGAGCUCUUGGUUUCCUGAGUACAGAGAACAAGGAUGCUCCUGGCAAUGCUGGGUUGCAUGACAUUAUCACAGCUCUUCAGUGGAUCAACAAGUAUAUCGGAAGUUUCCAAGGUGACCCAAGACGUGUUACCGUCACCGGCUACGGUAUAGGGGCGUCCUUUGUUCAUCUUCUCUCUGUCUCUGAGAAAACCAAGGGUCUGUUUGAUCGAGUUGUUUUGAUGAGCGGAUCAGCAUUCACACCCAUGGUGAAUAAUCCACAGAUGGAUCCGCUUGCACAGGCAGCUACCGUAGCUGAAAAGGUCAGUUGCCCAACUGAUGGUAGAGCUAUGUUAGACUGUCUGCAGGAGAUACCAGUAGAAAAGGUGGUUGCCAACACUCCUCGGGAUGACUUGUCUUUCUCCAUGGCAUUUCCACCCGUGGUUGAUGGGGACAUUCUCACAGACACUCCAACCAAUUUGAUAAAAGCUGGUAAGGUCAAUGAUGUCGACUUCAUCAUCGGAAUUACUCAGAGUCAAACAGAUGGCAUAGUCGCUAGUCUUUUAGGAGAUGACUGGGAAAGGUGUCCGAAUAAAACUGAGGUCCAAGGGUUGAUAGAAUUCGUUAUUGGGAAGCUAUUCCAGAACAAACAGGACUUAAUCUCGCUUGCCGCUAUGAGCGAGUACCUAGAGGGUCAUGAACACAAUCCAAGCCCGUGUCUGGACCGGCAACGUCUCAACCGAUUUAUGCUAGACGUACUCGCAGCCGUGCCUUGCACCCAAGCAGCUAGAUACCACUCUAACACCAACAACGAUGUGUACAUGUACACGUUUGAUCAAGAGCCAAAGUAUCACUACAAUCCUCUACCAUCCUGGACUGGCCCUGCCUUGGGUGAUGAUCUGCAGUAUCUCUUUGGGUUCCCCUACUGGCCCAUGGCGUCAUACCCACUGACAGAAAACCCUGCCUACAGAAUGAGCGACAGGAAGACGAGUCUAGAGUGGACAACAAUGCUUUCAAACUUCAUCAACGAUGGCUACCCCGGAGAGUCUCUUUCCGGUGUCGAGUGGCCUCGCUAUAGCGCCCUCAACGCCAACCACCUGGCAUUGGACUCGUGUCCAGAGGUUCAAUCCAACCUUGUGGAGCACACAUAUCGCUUUUGGAACGAGGUGAUUCCUUCUUUGGACGUCUCUCCAGACGCACCAUCGAUGAAGCCAACCCAGCACCCUACACCAGAGCCUUAUAUUGAUGGAGGUUUAGGGUUGAAGUUGUCUCCUGAUGAGGCUAACAUGCUGAUCAAAGCACUCUUUGGGACUAGCAUUUGUCUAGUGGUCUUGUGUCUAGCCUCAGCUGUAGUGAUCAUAAUGCAACGAUUGAAAACAAAGAAAGCACCAGAUCAUGCUUAUCCUGAAUCAGGAGAUAACGUGUACGAUAAUCCAAGCAAGAUAGAAAUUAAAUCUCUUUGAAAGAAAAAAAUGACAUAUUUGCAGUUUUAACAGUUUGCAUCAUAGAUGUAAAUAAUUAUCAAUAACCAAUAAUAUUACGUCUUAGCUUUUUGUAAAACAUUUUUUUUUAAAAUAAUUAUUUAGGAGUUUUAGAAGUUUAUUUUAGCUUUUAGAAUACAAAAUACAAUGUAAAAGGAUUGAUAAUCAACAUCUACGCUGCAAAGCACAUUAUAAUAAUGUUUUAGUGAUUUAAGUAAGCAUAUGGGCGUCGCCAGGAUUUUUUUCCCCCCAAACCCCUAUAUUUUCCAGCAUU